AUGGGCACAGCCUCUCUGGGGGCCCUCUCAGUGUGUCCACGAGACUUGGUCCUGACGCCGGAACCUAAGGCUCCAGGGGACCUCUCAUCCCUUCCACAGUCCCCCAAGGAAGGUCACAUCAUCGACCCCAGAAGGCAGGCAACGCAGCUGGCAGCUGAGGUGGCUAUCGAUGACAGCUGGAAAGGAGGAGGCCCAGCUGCCUUUCUCCAGAAUGACCUCAACCAGGGUGGCCCAGGGAACACUAAUUCCAAGGGCCUGGCCAGCUGGUCCCUGGAGGAAGAGAAGAGCAGAUUGCUGGCUGAGGCAGCACUUGAGUUGCGGGAGGAGAACACAAGGCAGGAACGGAUCCUGGCCCUGGCCAAGCGACUGGCUGUGCUGCGGGGACAGGACCCUGAGAGAGUCACCCUUCAGGACUAUCGCCUCCCAGACAGUGAUGACGAGGAUGAGGAGACAGCCAUCCAGAGAGUCCUGCAGCAGCUCACUGAAGAAGCUGCCCUGGAUGAGGCAAGUGGCUUUAACAUCCCUGAGGAGCCGGCUUCUCGACCCCACAGGGUAGGGCCUGAGGCCCAGGAUAUGGACCCCAGGCCUGAGGCUGAGGAAGAAGAGCUCCCCUGGUGCUGCAUCUGCAAUGAGGAUGCCUCCCUGCGCUGUGCUGGCUGCAAUGGUGACCUCUUCUGUGCCCGCUGCUUCCGGGAAGGCCAUGAUGCCUUUGAGCUUAAAGAGCACCAGACAUCUGCCUAUGGGUACCAUAGUCAGGGGUGA